GGAACCAGCGCGAAGGCUGCGGGUUGCCAGGCUCCUGGGGUCCGGACGGCGCCCUGAGCGCUGUCGCGGGAGGGAGCCGGAGCCGGAGCCGGAGCCGGAGCCGGAGCCAGAGCCAGAGCCAAAGCCAGAGCUCCGCGUUGGGACUGGGAGCUGGGCGGAGGGGCGCGAGCUGGGAGCGGGGACGGGAGCAGGAGCGAGGCACGGCCCGGCGCCCGCGUGCUCUCCACCCCGGGCAGACGCCGCUCCGGAUUUGCCAGCAGAGGGGUGUGGCGGGGAAAGCGGGCCUUGGAUUUGGUGCUCAGGGUGGAUGGGCGGGAGCCGCGAGUGCCGAAGGAGACCUGCAGCUCCGCCUGCGUUUUCUGCAGAACCUUGGACCUUACCAGAUGGAUGAUCUCUGUGAUGGAAAUGGCACUUUUGCCAUCAGCUUAUUAAAAAUGUUGGGUGAAGAAGACAACUCACGAAAUGUGUUCAUAUGCCCCCUGAGCAUCUCCUCCUCCCUGGCCAUGGUCUUCCUGGGAGCAAAAGGAAACACUGCAGCCCAGAUGUCCCAGGCACUUUGUUUGGACAGAGACGGAGAUGUCCAUGCAGGUUUCCAGUCUCUUCUUGCUGAAGUUAACAGAGCCGGCACUAAGUACCUGCUUAGAAUGGCCAGCAGACUCUUUGGAGAAGAAUCGUGUGAUUUUCUUCCAACCUUUAAGGAAUCCUGCAAGAAGUUCUAUCAGGCAGAGAUGGAGGAGCUGUCCUUUGCUAAAGAUGCUGAAGAAUGCAGGAAACACAUCAAUGACUGGGUGACAGAAAAGACUGAAGAUAAGAUUUCAGAAGUGCUGGGUCCUGGGAUCAUCAGUUCACUGACCAAGUUGGUCCUUGUGAAUGCUGUGUAUUUCAGAGGAAAGUGGAAUGAGCAAUUUGACAGAAAGUACACGAGGGGAAUGCCCUUUAAAACUGGCAAGGAGAAAAAAACAGUGCAGAUGAUGUUCAAGCAUGCACAGUUUAACCUGGGCUAUGUAGAGGAGGUGCAUACGCAGGUCUUGGAGCUGCCCUAUGCAGAGGAAGAGAUGAGCAUGAUCAUUCUGCUUCCUGAUGAUGACACUGAUCUUGCCGUGGUGGAGAAAGCACUUACAUAUGAGAAGUUCAGAUCCUGGAUAAAUCCAGAAAACAUGAAGAAAAGUAAAGUUCAAGUUUUCCUUCCCAGAUUAAAGCUGGAGGAGAGUUAUGACUUGGAAUCUAUUCUUCGACGUUCAGGAAUGACUGAUGCUUUUGAGGAGAUGAAGGCUGACUUUUCUGGAAUGUCAACUAAAAAGAAUGUGCCACUGUCCAAGGUUGCCCACAAGUGCUUUGUGGAGGUUAAUGAGGAAGGCACAGAGGCAGCUGGGACCACUGCAGUGGUCCGGAAUACCCGGAGUGCCAAGAUAGAACCAAAGUUCUGUGCAGACCACCCUUUCCUUUUCUUCAUCUGGCACCACAGCACCAACAGCAUCAUGUUCUGUGGCAGGUUCUCUUUGCCAUGAAGAGUUUCUGUUGCUAUACAUGCCCCAUUCUCCCUUCUGCCUAUUGUGCCUUCAUUAAAAUUUCAUGUGGCCAAACUGGUGCAGUGGCUUGAACACCAAAAUAAAGUGUGUGCACUGGUGGGAUUUGUGAAUGUCUCUUCUGAAAUUUCCAGUGCCCUUGAGAAUAACUGAGGCUUCAGAUAUGUGGAGUUUGGGGUUGAGAAGGCUGCCCUUGUCUUGGAAUAUUCAAGAUAUUUCUUGUCUCACUUAUAGUCUGUGCCUACUGUUUGUAAGCAUCUUAUUGAUUAAUGACCAGUUCUUCAAUGAGAUUUUCCAUCCUGUGAUAGUUUUUAAACUCUGACCACCACCAUUGCCAUUCUCUCCAGGGAUGCCAGAGCCUAGGUCCCCCUGCACACAAAGAUAGGCAGGCAGAACCAUACUACUAUAUAGGGUGACUCUGUAGCCACUCAAUGCAGGCAGCUAAGAUAGUAUCUCAUACAUCAUGCUGUGGCCAUCCACGUCCCAAAACUCACAUAGCUUCUCAUGGAGACAGCUUCUUUAGAACUUCUUUUCAUAAGAAUCAGAUAUAAGUUCAAGGGCUCAGCAACGAGCUUAAGGACUGUGCUUGGAGACAGAUCAGUGAAAUAUGCCAGGUCAUCACCUUCUGUCACUUUUGUUUUGAAACCCCCCUAAAAUCCCCAAAGGAACAAAACAAUUCUUAGAAGAUAUGAUAAACUUCUUAUUAAUUGUAUAUCCUCAGACAUUCUCUCCCUAUUCUAUGUAUGCAAAUAUAAAUUCAUAAGUAUUUUAGCACAAGUUAAUCAUAACUUCUGUAGCAUAUGUCUACCCUUAUUUACUAUAAAUUUUCCUUAAGAUAGUUAUCUUUCCAUGUCAUCAAUUUGAUGUGCAUAGUAUUCUUAUGUAUGGCUGUAUUUCUAUAUUUGAAUCUACUUGAAUGAUGAUAAAAUUGUUUAUAUAAUAUAUGAUCAUGAGUAGCCUUGAUAUCUGCUCACACCCUUAAUUUUUGGAACAAUAUUCCUAAAAAUGAUACUGUCAGGUUAAAUUUUUCAGACUUCUAAAUUGGUGUCGAAAAGUUUUACUGAUUUACAUUCUUGUUUAUGUUUUUAUUUACAGUACUGCUAAUUCCUGUCUGCCUUAUUAUGUUUAUGAGUUGGACUAAACAGGGGUUAGUCUUGAUUCUACUUUGAUUCACAGUUAACAAUUACAUGAAACAUUAAUAUUAUAGUUGUUACUUAAAAUUCACCAAGCUAGAAUAUGUUCUCAAGCCAUAUUCAUUCAGCAACCAUAUUUUCUAAGGUACAUUAAUCCACAGAGCUGGAAAGUAUACAUCUGAGUUUUCAUCUCACUGGCACUUCUAACUUAAAAAUAUACUUUUAUUGAGGUAUUAUUGACCCAGAAUAAACUUUAGAUGUUUAAGACAUACAAUUUGAUAAGUUCUGAUGCAUGUAUGCAUCCAUGAAACCAUGUCCACAUUUAAAAUAAUGACCGUGCCUAUCACAUCUCUGAAUUUUUUAUUGAACCUUUGUAAUCUCCCCUUUUCCCUCUUUAACCACUUAGCCUUUUUCCUUAGACAGACAAUGAUCUGCAUUCUAUCACUAUAGCUUAAUUUUAUUUUCUAGAAUUUUAUUUACUUGGAAUCCUCACCCUUUUCAUAUGGUUUCUAACACUCAGUACAAUUACUUUGAGAUUGUUCAACAUUUUAUAUAUAUAUAUAUAUAUAUAUAUAUACACACACACACACACACACACACAUAACUUCCUAUUAUUGUAAAGUAAUACAUGAUUAUAUAUAUAUACACCACAGUUUUGAAAUCCAUUCGCAUUUAGAUGGAUAUUUGGGUUGUCACCAAUAUUUGCUUCUUGGUGAAUAAAAUUUCUCACCCAUAUUGUGCAGCUUUUAGUUUAGUUUUGUUUUCUUAUUGUAUUUUGAUAAUCUUUUGUUACAGAUACAAUAUACUUUAUAAUAUAUAUGUUUUAUCACAGACCAUGUGUUGCACUUUCCUUUUGAUAACAGUGCUUUUGAAAAGCAGGUGCUCUUAAUUUUGGUGGUUUAAUUGGCAUCUGUACUACUAUUCUUGUCAUACCUAAGGACCUUGCCUAACUCAAGAUUACAAGAACUACCUCUCUGUCUUUCAGAAUGUUAAUAGUAUUCAAUUUUAUAUUUAGGCCAUGAUCCCUUUUGACUUAUUUUCUCACAUGUUGAACAGUACUCUUUCUCCUCUGAAUGUUGAUCUUUGUUGAAAUUUGAUUGAUCAUACAUAUGUCAUUUUAUUUGUGGACUUCAUUUAAUUGUAUUGACCUUAUUGUCUGACUUGAUGCCAAUACCACACUGUCUUGAUUACUGUAGCUUAAUAACAAAUCUUGAAAACUGCUAAGUUUUGCAACAUAUUCUUAUAUUUGUAAAACUGUUCUGGCUAUACCCAGUACUUUGGAUUUCCCUGCGAAUUUCAGACUUAGUUUUUUCACUUGUGCAAAAAACUGGACUUUUGAAUAAGACUGUGUAGAUAAUAACAUUAAUUUUGGGGAAGUAAACAUGAACAAUAUUGAAUCUUCGAAUCCAUGAACAUAACACAUUUCUUCAUUUUUAAGAUCUCUAAUUUGUCUUACUAUACUUUUGUAGUUUUCAGUACACAUUUAUUACACAACUUUUCUCAGAUUUAGUCCCACAUAUUUCCCAUUUGUAUGUUAUUGUAAAUUGUGUUGCACUUUAAUUUCAGUUUCUGAUUAUAUGUUGCAAGUAUGUCAAAAUAUAAUUAGUUUUUGUAUUUGUCUUGUUUCCGGCAGCGUUGUUAAAAUCAGUUCUUAUAGUUUUUUCAUAGCUUACAUAUCUACUAAUAAAGAAAAGUAUUCGUUUUUUGUUUUCCAUCUGAAUUGUUUUCAUUUAUGUUCCUUACCUUUUUGGGUUGGUUGUUGAUUAGAGGUAGCAAAAACAGACAUAUUUUUCACCUGAUUGUAGGGAAAACAUAUAGUCAUUCAUCAUUAAAUGUGAUGUAAGUUGUCAAUUUUUUGUAAAUGUUCUUUUCCAGGUUGGAAAAUGUCCUAUCCCUAAUUUGUUAGGAACUGUUGUUUAUUUGUUUAUUUUUUUAAAUCAGGAAUAGAUGUUGGAUUUUGUCAAAUGGUUUUUCUGUAUCUUUGAGAUUAUCAUGGUUUUGAGGUAGGAGAGAAGAAAUAAAGAUAAAAGGAGAAAAAGAA